AGUUUCCUUAUAGCGACAAUAGCGAGGGAGCAGGCUGAACACCUUGUCGUAUAACCAUGCUUACUUUAAUCGUCGUUGCUGUGGUCUGCGUUGGAGGCGUGGCGGGAGGCUGUCCCUUCAGAGACGGCAACGUGGAGGAAGGGUUCACGAUAACAUCCGGGUGUCUCACUUGCACGUGCGGUUCAGAUGAUAUGUACAUCUGUAGUUACCCGGAAUGCAAUUUUACAGAGACCGCCAAUCCGUGUCUCCGGUAUUCAAGCGGAUGUUGCGCAGAAUGCCUGGAAUACGGCUGUUACAACCAGUACUUCCGGGGAGACAGCUCUUUGGUCCCACUCGGCCUCGUGCCACAUCCAACUGACCCAUGCGUCACCUGCACGUGCAACCUUGGACACGGUGAGGUCAUCUGCCGUUCCGUCAUGUGCGAGAGGCCGAAAUGUGCCAAUUUCCGACGUCGGCCGGGCUUUUGCUGCGAGUAUGACUGCCCGGAUGAUAUCAACUAUGAUACUGGGGCUCCCUAAAGUUGAAGGUCUAUACAAGACCCCAGGAGCAUAUGUUUGCGCAUCUUCAUGACAGUAUUAAGAACCAUCUGCUGACGUCAGUUUUCAAUGGUUGUUUGGAUUUUGUUGGAAGAAAAACUGUUUAUUUGCAUUUUAAAUUGUUUUUGUUAACUGUAACUAUUCUGAGUAAUAAUAAACUCUAAAUACUC